AUGGAGAUGAACAACGAUGAGGCGACUCUUCGCCAACUCGAAGACGAGCUCAAUGUCAAGAUCUACCCGGGCACGGAGAUCAUGACCGAUGUGGGCUCGCAUCAUUUCGUUCGGCAGUCGGGCGCGUCGUCCAAUGUCUUGGUUCCCCAACCAUCCCAGGACCGACACGAUCCUCUCAAUUGGAAUAAAUACUGGAAGUUCGUCACCAUCCUCAUCGCUAUGGGGAGCAAUUUUAUCAUGGGCAUCGGGCCGUUAGCUCUGUCGCCGAUGUUUGGGAACCUUAUAGAGGCCUUUGAAUCCGAUCUAGCAUCUGUGGUGCAAUUCACUGGAGUUUGCAUCUUGGUGCUGGGCUUCAGUAACUUCUUCUGGUGGGGAUCGGGUUCUGUUACGGCAUCUUCACUUCCAUUACUGAUCAUCUGUGGUGGCAGGGUACCCAUCGCCGAUACAUUUGGAAGACGACCCGUCCUGAUCUUUUCCUCCCUUGUGUGCUUGGCAUCCAAUAUAUGGCGCGCAAAGGCAACAACCUACGGAAGCUUCAUGGGCGCCUGCGUCUUAAAUGGCUUCGGGGCUGGACCCUGUGAGACUCUCUGCCCCCAAGUGAUCACGGACAUUUUCUUCCUCCACGAGCGAGGUUUCUACAACACCAUGUACUUUGCAUUCUAUUUUGGCUCUCUCAUGGUGGGUCCCAUUAUUGCAGGCUCGAUGGCUCUCCAUGUGGGCUGGCGGAGCUUCUGGUGGCUGAACGUCGCGGCUUUUGUCUUCAUCAUCCUCGCCGCCGUAUUCGCAUUCCCGGAAACCAAGUGGCAUCGUGCUCAUCCAGAUGAAGUCCAACACUCCCAGGAUGUGCCCACCUCCCAGACGGAUUCCACGGACGGAAACGAGAAAUCCACUACCCUGGAAGUACCUGCCAAAGAGUGGCCGAGCCAUACGGAGGUUCCAAAUUCGCGGGUUGCGGAGGCCGCCAUCGAUCCAUUCCUCCACAAGGGCCACCCUUCCAAAGGUCAAUUUCAUCUCUAUCAGCGCAAUGCACACUGGAUCAAAUCUCUAUUGCUCGCCUUUUGGGUCCCUUGGCGACUGCUUGCGUUCCCCAUCGUGGAAUAUGCUGCCUUUGUGGUCUCGUGGUCUGCCAGCUGUUUCCUCACAGCCAAUCUCACCCAAAGCCAGGCCUUUGGCGCCCCACCGUAUAACUGGUCCAGCCAGUCCAUCGGGUUCACCAAUUUUGCCAGUCUGGCGGGCGCUAUGAUUGGGUUGCUCACUAAUGGCCAUCUGUCUGACUGGAUCUCCAUGCGUGCUACGAAGAAGAACGGGGGGAUCCGCGAGCCAGAGAUGCGCUUGCCGACACUCAUACCUUACGUCGUGAUUUCCAUCAUCGGGAAUUUUAUCAUCGCGUUUGGAUAUGAGUAUCAUUGGGAUUGGAGGGCCAUUGUCAUUGUUGGCUACACGUGUGCGGGAAUCCAAGUGACCGCACUGCCCGCUAUUGCGAGUACCUACGCCGUUGACAGCUAUAAACCCGUCGUCGGUUCGGUCUUCAUUGCCAUCACCGUCAAUAAAAACGUAUGGGGCUAUGGCUUCAGCAAAUUCAUUACGACUUGGACAGAAAAGUCCGGAUAUGUCCCGGCGAUCAUGUUGAACAUGUGUCUGACCGUGCUGUGGUGUUCUUUUGGUUUCCUAUUCUACUUUUCGGGAAAGAGAUUCAGAAGAUGGACGGCGGGAUCGGAUAUUUGGAAGCUGUAA